UUUCGUCCAGAUGGUAUUGCUUAUUUAUUAAUAUUAAUUGGUGAAGCAUUACUCAAUAAACCAAAAUUAUGUGAAAAGAAUGGAAAUCUACGACAACCAACACAAUCCACAUUUAACGAAUUAGCAUCGACAUUAUUUCGAGAUGUUUUUAAAAAAAAUUUGCAAUUACAACAAAAAGCAAAACAAUUAGAUGCACAAGUACAAAAAAAACAUUUAAAUCAUUUAAGUUUAAAUAAAGUUCAAAUUUUUUGGCGUUCAACAGUAUCAUCAAAAUAUUCAUCUUAUGUUUAUUCAAUAUCGGAAGAAUAUUUUAAAGAUGCAUUAAAAACACCAUUUACAACACGAUUAGAUGAAUUAGGUGAUAUAGCACGUUUAAAUUAUGCAAUAACACAAAUAAUUAUUGGUGGUGAGGAUAAUUUAGACGAAGGUCCAGAAACAAUUCUAGAAAUAAAACGUAAACAAAUUAUUACAGAAAAUAAUCAAUUUUUUAAAGUAUCACAAUUAACAAUGCAAGCAAUUGAUGAUUUAGUUAUGGCAUUUGGUCUUAAACCAAAAUCAUUAAUUGACAAUGAUUUAUUAGCAUUAGAAAAUAAAGUUUUAUUUGAAAAUAUAAAUAUUAUUAUGAUCGGAAAUGUUGCAAUCAAUUGUGAAUAUAUUAAAAGUGUAUCAAAUGCAUCACAACAAUUAGAAGCAUUUUGUGAAUUAUCUAAUAUGCAAAUUAUUUUAACACAAAAAGAAUUUACUGAAAAAAUUAAAGAUUUAUUUAUUAAUGAAUCAUUAACGGAUAAGAUUCAACGUAUAAUGAUUAAUGAUGGAAUAAAUAAUAAUAAUAUUAAUGAUUGGUUCAAUGAACAUUUCUGUAAGCAACAAUGGAUUUUAUCUGAAAUACAUUUGCCAAUCUUAUCAUAUAUUUUCAAGGUAGAAAUUCAUAUUUGUUCGAUUGAAAUAAAUUCAAUUUAUGGACGAGUAUUUGUCGAACACAGUCAUAAUACAUUUGAUUCAUCGAGUAUCUUUGUUGUGUUAGAUGAUAAAAAGAAUAUCAUUUGCUUAUUUAGAACAUGUGAAUUAAAAUUAAAUUAUUUACUUGAUCAAUUACGUUUAGUUAAAGAUAAUCAAUCAAAAAUUCGUUUAUAUCAUCAAAUAGCUUUAUAUUAUCGUUUAAACGCUGAAUAUUAUGAAACUAUACAUCGAUUAAAAGCUUUACCAAUGUGA